UUGUGAAUUUUUAUUCUGGUAUCAUGCAAUGUAUAUCUCACUAGUAAGCCUAAGUACGACCAGGGCAUGUUCGGGUCAGGUUCGUGUGGUAUUGUUUGGGGCUUGGUCCAGGAAGGUAGACUCGUUGGCGCCAGACACAUCUGGCUUCCAUUAACGACUGCUAAGAUACACAUGAUGUAGAGCUGAGGAGGCAACUGCGGGGUCAUAGGUCAGCCAACAGCCCCAUCUGCGCGCUCCCGCGUGGAGGGAAGCGCAAGAGUAUAAGGUUUAGGACGAGAGUAGACAAAGGGACUCGACAUCUUGGCUAGGGCGCGAGGCACUUCUCUCUGACAUCGGUUGAAUAAAAUCUUUCCCCAAUCAGCCAUGUGUGACUGAAGUUUUCCUUCCCCAAGCCAGCCACUUUUUCACCAUCUUGUUUGGAAGACCAGCUGACCAUCGAAGAGAAUUCACCACAAUUUUGGCGUCACGAACAGUUCUCUUGUCCUUCGGGGAGCCCUCGCCCGCCUGGGUGCGAGCAUCGAGCGUCCGGCCGGCAGGCUGAGUUUGAGACGGUGGACGCACACGUCUCCUCCCAGAGGACAAAGAGACACUGACGGAACUCCCAGGUCGUCUGAGGAAAAGCUUCGUGGAGCGCCGCCCCCAAAAUUCUUAAGGCCAGUGUGAUUUUGUCCACAAACUCUUGUGUGUUACCCUCACUUGGGUACAAGGUAUUACAUAACGGGCUUGACAACAGACUGAUCGACAUAAACUGAUGUUCGGUUGUUUGCAAACAGGUGACAUCACGAAUUUUAAUCUUAGCGCAGGGGAUUGCGGGUCAUAACUAUACGGAACCAAACACAUAUCGAACCAACAUUCGUGUAUAACGGUCGUGAGAAACAUCUGAAGUUGGCAAAAUCUGAUUGCAUUGUCUUAUGUGUUUUGUGACCUCUGGUGCUUGAUUAUUUUCUGAUCGAAAAAAAAAAAAACAAAAAAAAAAAAAAACAAAAAAAAAAAAAAAACAUGGGGGACAGGAGCAUUACCAGUCCAACAGUGACCCCCAUAGAGGUUGUGUUGAAAAAUAACCCGCUUAUCAAAGGGGUUAAAGACAUUUCGAAAAAAUGGAGCAAGAGAUGGCCUGACAUUGAGAGGCCCUGGCCGGUGGAAGGGACUUUUAACCGGGAAGUGAUUGAGAUUAUACGUGUACUCGUAAUGACAUACAAAGCAGGAGUCAAAAAAGGGAAAAAAGGGGAAAAGAGAAAGGAAAAAAGGGAAUUGGAAUUGGGAUUGUUGAAAAUAUUUGACGAACAGGGAAAAAAAUUGGAUCAGGAGCUUAAACAGAAAAAAGAGGAAAUCACAGCUGAUGUACUGAAGAAUGUGGAAGAAGCUAGGAAGCUAAUGGAAAAAGUUAAUACACCUUUCUCACAUGUGGCCCCGGUUAAGAGUCCCCCGCCGUACGAUGUGAGUGAUAAACGUAAUGUCUAUCCGCAACUCCCGGUAGUUAACCAAGAAGGUAGCUAUCAGUUGGAGACCGAAGACAAGAGCAUCGUCGAAACCGGAAGAGCUAGGACCACCAUUGUUAUGCGUCCUAGCCUGACCCAUAAGAGGAAUAAAACUCGACAUGCGACAGAGGGGAGACAAGGGCCCACCAAAUGGGAGCUACAGGAUGAUAGCCAGAGUGACACAGAAGGAGCAGAGGGGGGCUACGACCCCGUAAUCAAAAGCAUGUUGAGAAGAGCGGAGAAAAAAGGACGCACCCCAGGGAAAAAGACAAGAAUAAGGACAGAUGUAAGCGGUACGGAGAGCGGAAGCUGCGAGGACAGCUGGGGAGAGGAAUGCCCUGUGCCUACUUUACACUCCACCCCAGCUGCCAUGGAGGACUGGAGAAGGACCGCUUUAAGGAGCAUUGAAGCCAGAAAAAAACAAUGCUUGGAGGAGUUAGAAUGGAGCGUGGAACCAAGAGAGCAGGAGGAUCUAGAGGAACAGUUGCAAAAGUUAGAGGUGGCCAAGCUUGAGUUGAAAAAAGUGCCGUCCAAAAUGCUAGGGACCCCGUUUGGCCGGGAGCAAGAAUCGACCCGAGCAACCACAAUUCUGCCGGUGAUGGUGAGGGGACAACAACUGGAAUACAAGCCAUGGCAAAGCUCGGAUAUGUCAGCGGUCCUCGAGAAGUUGCCUACCAUCCAAGACGGAGCGCACCCGUGGAUCUCCAAGUUGGAGGAAUGUAUGGUGGGAACUCAGUUUGCAGUAGGAGACAUCAAGAGGCUAUUGGCCAACGUCGUAGGAGUUCAUGCCAUGAAAGACGUCUUGGGGAAGGCGGGUCUUCAACGCUUUGCCACAACGGCGGCAAAUGACUCUGAUCUGUUCGCAGCAGUCCGGGGCCAGAUGUGGGGAGCACUGAAGGCAGCGUACCCGACCAAUGUGAAUCCGGACAAUAUUGUAAUCGAGCCCCUGGGACCUGCAGAGAACCCCCGCUCGUACGUGGCGAGAGCUUAUCAGACUUGGAGACAUGUCACAGGGAAUGACCCCGACACAACCCGAAUGGAGAAAUCUAUCUUGCGAGGGAAGAUACAGAUGGGUCUGCCCCUGCCAGUGAGGAGCAAAUUGUCCGAGGUUGUGGGACUGGGGAGCAUGACCACUAAUGUGUUCACCGAUCACAUCGCGCAUCAAGUUGACUGGUUCAGGAAGAAAGAGCUGGCUCAAAAAGAACAAGAUCAGGAGGUGGUGAGAAGAUUGAACCAGGUGCAACUCGCGGACAGUAAAAAGGAGAAAAAGCAGAUGGUCAUGGGACAAACCCCACCCCAACAGAUCUUAUUGCAGCCCCCGCAGCCCGCUGGCCAACCACCGCAGGUGGCCAUGGCAGUGCCCGUCAGUCUGGCACCCCAAUGGGAGCACAACCAAACGCAGUCCUGGGGCACCAGGGGGCGUGGAGCCAGGGGAAGAGCAGGAAAGCCGAAACCCACAGGGGGCCCGGGACAGAGGUCUGACGCUUGCUAUAACUGUGGCCAAGUAGGACACUGGGUCCGCGACUGCAGCAUGCCCACAAGAGGAGGCUUUGGAGGGGGGUUCAGCCGCCAUCCCCCACAGCCCCAGGGCCCGGUAAACCCUUUCGGGGGCCCGGAACCUGGAUUCUAGGGGUGCCCGGUGGGCCCAGAGGGGGGAUGUCAGCUGGUAGUGUCAGGUCCGGAACGAGAGCCAACAAUAACAGUGAAAGUAAACGAUCAACCGUUGACAGCAAUGGUUGACAGCGGAGCGGCUUUCACUUGCGUCCGGCCCGAAGACGCUAUUCAUCUCCCCAUGUCCGGUCAUUUCGUAAGGACAAUAGGGUUCGAGGGUAUAAAACAGCUGAUCCCGUCCACGAGACCAGUAAAGCUCUGCUGGAAAGAUCGAACAAUAAACAUACCAGUUUUGGUGUCGGACCGUACCCCCAUUGCCCUCCUAGGCAGAGACGCCCUGUGCAGAUUGAACUGCACCAUAAAGUGUUCUCCUGAUGGUUGUGUGGUCGAGGUCCCACACGAGACAUGCCAUAAGGUGCUGAUGCAGUCAAAACUCGGAGAAAGUAUGCCUACAGUGUACUGGAUCGGUGACAUCAGCAAUGACCUGUUGAAACCUUUCAGGAAAUGGGAAAGGUUCAUUUAUGCCAACACCUAUGGAGCAAAGGUCCCCGAAUAUCCGUAUCACUGCACGCUCCAGUACACCAAAGACUCAACACAGGCCCAAGCGGAAGAGUGGUUGCAGCGACAACCCCACGAAGUGCAACUAAACGGGACUUGCAUCGUCCUGGGACCACAGGGAGUGGCCAUGAAGAUGCACAAUGACGGAUACCUCAACAAGGAAUUCAAAGUCAAGGACAGCGUCCCCCACGUGACCUUGAUGGUGUCGGAGGACUGUGUGCAACAAAAUGUGGGAGAGAUGAUGUUGGAAGCGGAGACACUCAAAUUUGUCCCACUAAAGGAGAACAAUGCUCUGUGGGUGAGUGAUGAUAGACGAUUUAUGAAGAUCAUGAUUUCAGCACAAGGAUACGGGCAACCUCAAACGGUGCAGCUGUCGCACGAAUCCGUCCUCAGUGUGGCAGCGGACCGUCUACAGGAGGAGAUGCUACAACAGGUGCCCGAGCAUGUGUGGUCACGCCAUGGUACGGACAUUGGACUCGUAAAGUCAGCGCAACCAGUGAGAGUGGAUCUUCGACCUGGCUGCAAGCCUCCGUGGAAACCACAGUACCCACUGAAGGAGGAAGCAGUGCGGGGGAUUGAGACACAGAUUGAAGGACUGCUUGUGGCAAACGUGUUGACAAUUACACAAACGCCUCUUAGCAACACGCCAAUAUUGCCGUUGAAAAAGCCAGACAAUUCCCACCGGCUGGUACAUGAUCUUCGGGCGGUGAACGAGGUGGUGGUUGAUAGAGUGGCCGAUGUACCAGACCCACACACCUUGCUGACACAAAUCCCACCUGACGCGGAAUGCUUCACGGUGGUGGACUUGUGUGGCGCUUUUUUCAGCGUCCCACUCAGCCGCGAAUCGCAAGGACUUUUUGGUUUUACAUUUAAGGGUCAGUUCUAUCAGUACCAGAGACUUCCGAUGGGCUAUAAGCAUAGCCCCCAUGUGUUCAACAAGGUGCUAAGAGAUGAUCUUGAAGGGUUGGAACGACAGGUGCAGAGCACCGUCCUUCAAUAUGUGGAUGACAUUAUUGUCUGUGCAUCAGACGUCGAGACGUGUCACAAAGAUUCGAUCAAAUUGUUGCAAAUUCUCGCGGAGAAGGGCCACAAGGUGUCACAGAAAAAACUCCAAUACUGCCAAUUGCAGGUGGACUAUUUGGGCCAGAAAAUAUCGCGCGGAUUGAGACGUAUUUCGGAUGGCCAUUUGGAGGCUAUAAGAACGGCCCCGAAGCCCAGAACUGUCAGGCAGAUGUUAACGUUUCUGGGCAUCGCGGGUUAUUCAGCCUCCUGGGUGGAGGAAUACGCUAAAUUAGUGGGGCCUCUGAGGGCCAUGAUCAAAGACACAGGCAAUAAUGAACUCCACGCAGUGCUAGACUGGACACAGGAUGGCCACAUAGCAUUUGAAACCAUCAAGGCGAGAUUGCAGGAGGCUCCGGCUUUGGCUUUACCGGAUUACUCAAAGAAUUUUGUCUUAUUUACGUCCGCCUCGGCGGGGGGUAGGUUUGCGUGUGCAGUCCUCUGCCAGCCUACAGGGACCGGGUCCGGACCCCAACCUGUAGCCUACUACUCAACAUCUUAUUCCGAGGUGGAGAUGGGACUGCCACCUUGUUAUCGAAUGAUGGUGGGAGUCUAUUUGAUGUAUGAUAAAGCCUCAUCCGUCACGAUGGGCUAUCCUGUGACCAUUCUCACUCAUCAUAGCCUUCGGACUCUUCUGAAUCAUGGGAAGUACACCUUGACAGAGUCCCGACUCAGAGACUAUUACAGGCUCUUGGAGCAAGAGGAUGUCACUCUGGCAAGGUGUACUACAGUUAACCCAGCUGACUUUUUGCCAACUUCAGAGGACGGUGAGCCCCAUGAUUGCGUACAUGAGGCGGAAAGGUUUUCCAGAUUGCGGUCAGAUUUACAAGCCAUCCCCCUGGGGGAGGCGGAUUUAGAACUCUGGACGGACGGCUCCUGUUAUCGAGUCGGGGAGGCUUUGUGCGCGGGCUACGCGGUCAUCCAAGCGCACGGGGCAGAAUUUGUGACAAUUAAGGCCGAGGUCAUACCGCAGCCGGCAUCAGCACAACUUGCUGAAUUGGUGGGGUUGACGGAGGCGUGCUUGCUCGCGGAGGGAAAAAGAGUCACAGUCUACACAGACUCGGCAUACGCACAUAGUGUGUGCCACUUGUUUGGGGCGGUGUGGAGAAAUCGGGGGUUUAAAAAGACCGACGGUUCUCCCAUACAACAUCAGGCUCAGAUAUUGAAGCUGCUAGAUGCAAUGAUGAGGCCUAGCGAGAUAGCCAUCGCGAAAUGUGCGGCCCACAAGUCAGAUGCGUCCAGAGUCACACAAGGUAAUAGACUGGCAGAUGAAGCGGCCAGGGCUAUAACGAAGGGUGAUCGAACCGACAAAACCUUGCUGGUCACACACGAGGUUGACCUUGAGGACAAGGUCACGCUCCGUGAUGUGACCCUGAUGCAAGAGGCAGUCAGUCCGAUCGACAAACAUUUGUGGGUGUCAAGGGGGGCGUGCCGGGGCCCAGACGGGGUGUGGAGAAACCACGAGGGCUUGGUGGUGGCGCCGCCGGAUUUGUUGGGCCUGCUAAUACAAGAGGCACAUGGGCUAGCCCACGUGUCAAGGGGGGAGGUGAAGCGAAAAAUAACAGCAGAAUAUGGUUUUUGGGCGCCAUAUUUGCUCGAACAAAUCGAUCACGUCAUCGGAAAAUGUGUAAUCUGCUUAAAAAACAACGUGAGGCGAGGGGUAGCUACCCCCACGGGUUACAUCCCGACUCCAAACGGCCCCAUGAGGGAACUGGUGGUGGAUUUUGUCGACAUGAUCCAAUCGGUCGAGGGGAAAAGGUACAUGUUAGUGGUCGUAGACCGGUUUUCCAGAUGGCCGGAGGCGUGUCCGACUAAACGAAAAGAUGCUCAGUCUGUUGCCAAGUUUCUGUGCCGCGAAGUCAUCUGCCGAUGGGGGCUUCCGGAUAGGAUUUCGUCGGACAACGGGAAAGAGUUUGUGGACAAAACGGUCAAGUUAAUUCUUCAAAAAUUGGGAAUCAAACAGCGGCUAGGGGCCGUAUAUCACCCACAAAGCCAAGGCAUUUGCGAGAAAAUGAACGGCGUUCUAAAAACCAGAAUUUCCAAAAUUUGCCAACAUACGGGCUUGAAUUGGAUAGCUGCCUUGCCACUGGCACUAAUGGUAUGCAGGUCAAGUGCACUUCGCGACUUGCACUUGACCCCUCACGAGUUGGUUACCGGGAGACGCAUGCCGUCACCGUGUCUGCGCACCAGUGGCAAAGGCCCAAGCCUGUCAAUUUUGGAGAACGAAAUGAAGGCCUAUGUCAAACAUCUAACCACAGUACAUAGGAACAUUUCCACCUAUGUUGUCGACAGGCAAAAACAAGAAGAAGUGCAAGAGAGACUCGAAGCGAACGCUAAAGACACAGUCCAGCCAGGGGACAAGGUGUACGUGAAAGUGUUUCGCCGAAAGUGGUUCAACGAAAGACGGCAGGGGCCAUUUGAAGUUGUGCGCUGUACAGGGACGGCGGUGCAAGUCAAAGGCUCACCGACGUGGUACCACCUGACACACUGCGUCAAGGUGCCCGAGGACAAAGAGCCCCGAGGAGCGAGUCGCUGCUGCGACCACCCAGAACGGCCACCGGAACGAGAGUCACCAGAGGACCGACAUCGUGAGGUUGAAAGGCACGACCAAGAUGUGGAUGCUGUUGGGCCUGCAGCUCCUGUGCCUGGCGGAGUCAGGGUCAAUGCAACCAAUGCCCGGGAGGGCCGACAGUUCGACUGCAUCGAUCUCGGCGACGCACCCAACGCAGCCGGGAGCGACGCCCCACAGUGCGGUACGACCAAGUCAAGGGCGGCCGGACGGGGCCCCCUCGGUGGACAAGGUCGUACGGCGGAACGAAACGACAGACGUCCAGUCCGCCGCAGAGUCCGACCGAGACGUUACGUGGAGCAGUGUUGA